AACGUACAACGUACAACAUCCAACUAGCUCCGUUGCACUGGCCUAUAUUCAAAAUAGAUCAGAGAUCGACUCUUUCGAAGGCAGCUGCAUUGGAGGAUCGGCGGGGAGAUGAGGAGCUGAGGAGCUGAGGAGAUCGCCAUGUGAGAAGAGCCAAACAAAACUAGUUUCCCAUUUGCGCGCUUAUGCUAAGUAAUAAUAAUAAAUAAGCGCAGUUGCAGUCUCUUGUUCGCCGUUCGAGAAGUGACCUAAAAAUACUGGUUUUCGAGUGCGGUUUUUGGCGUGAGAAUAUAGCAAUGGCCACCACAGCCGCCGGAUCAGCAGGAGCCACUGCAGCGGUGGUGGUUAAGAGGCCAGGUCCACCAGUACCGCCCAGGCCCAAAGCAGCAGCAGCAGGAGCAACGCCGCCCAUCAUCCAAAAGAAGCCCACCUUUGUUAGCCAACUGAGUGCAGUGGGUCGCACCCUGGUCUACAAGUCGCCCAGUGUUAAUCUGCCCAAGAAACAGGCCCAAACCCAGACGCCCACUACAGCGGUGCCAAAUCCCAUUCCGCCCGUGAAACCGCUGAAACUACGCAAAGCACCCGAUGUUCCAACGGCCAAGCCCAGGGAUUCCAUCACCAUCUCCACCUCCUCCUCGUCGGUGGUCACGGUGAAUCGUCAUAACUCCAUCAGCGUCAUCGGUGGCUCCCCGCAGACCACGCCCCGCAAGGAGACCCGUUUGAGCCUGGGAAAGGUGGACUUUGAGAGGGCGGGUCUCCAGCCGGCUAGCCAACCGCUUCCCAGACCCCGGAAAAUAGUUCAGCUGCCCGUGGCCACCUUGGAUGUGGAGGAUAUACCGGUGGGUCCUAGUAAUCCAUCCACUGGCCUCUUCAGAAGAUCCAAGACCACCCUGGAUGGCCUUCAAAAGGAGCAGGGCACUCCGCCUGGGGGAUUUCUAUCCGGCCGAACAGUGGAGAUCAAGAACAAUCUCAAGAAUGCCGCCGAGCGUCUGUUCUCGGAAAUCAUCAUAAAUCAGAGCCAGAAACAGGCGGCCACCGAUACCACCAUUAUAACCAAACACGAGGCCUUGAAACAGGAGGCGGAUCCCGUGCUGACCAUCCAAUCCUCCGGGAAUUGCAUGAGAAUUAAUGUGAACGGUGGUUCCCAUCCCCAAACGCAAACCAUGAAGAGUUCGAUUAGCGUGGGAAAUACUCCGCAGAAGAAGCAGGCCUUUCACGAGAUGCUCAUCUCGGAACUGGCGGCCAUGAGGAACAAGUCCUGCUCCCUGGAGCAGCUGCCCACCACCAAAUCCCCAUUAACGCCUCCAAGCACAUCCACUCCCAAAAGCGUAGCACCUCGCAGGCGCUACAACUCCAUCGAUAUCGAUGAUGGGGACACCGAGGAUGUGGAUGCGGACAAUGUGGAGGAUGCAGAUGGCGAUGUGGACGAAGAGGAUACCCUCACCUUUGCGGUCAAUAAAUCGCUGAAGGAGAAUGUCGGCAAGGAGGGUUCUUCGUCGAGGAAACGCUGCCCUUCGGGUUGCUCCACGGACUCAUCGCCCUACGGAACCGAGCGAUCCCAACGCAUUCGCACCUCGGAUUGGAUCGAGGUGGGCGAUAAUGGCACCGCCGUCACCCUGACCAGUUGCCACAUCAGCCUCGAGGAUUCGGGCAUGGAGGAUGAGGAGCGGCUGGACGACAUGUCCUCGGGAGUGGGCGAUAGCUGGGAUAGCGUCAAGGAGGCCGAGACCGAGAAGCGUUCUCGCAACGGAAAACGUGGUAACUCAGUUUGCGAACUGCCACCGCUGCCAAAAUCUCUGAUCGGCUUUAACAAACUAUUGUGCUCCGAUUCGGGACUCCUGAGCGAUGUGGAAGGAAACAAUAACAGCAGCGAUAUCAGCCAAAAACCAAACGACACUUUUACAGGGGACAGCCAGGUUAGCAGCGAGAAUGCCAUCGAUAAGUCACUGCCCGCAUCGCCAAACGGAAAUACGGCUAUACCAGCAAUAGCAGCGAAAUGCGAAGCGAAAUCCCCCAGUUUAUCCGCCAAAGGAAACCCCCAAGCAGUCGAGGCAGGCAGCACUCUGGAUGCACAAAUUGCGACGCUGCGGAAGGAAAUGAACGGACUGCGUCAACUAGAUCUCUCGUUGCUUUCACAACUGUGGGUGCUAAACGAAUCGAUCCAAGAGUUCCGGGCCCUGAUCGAGGAUCAGGAGAACGAGGAUGAGGACGACGAGGUGGAGAAUGGCAACGAAUUGGAUGAGGAGGGCAACAGCAGGAUUUCCUCGUCCGUGGAGUCCGUGAGAUUCGAGGGCGCUGCAGAUGGACGGUCGAAGCAUCUGGGAACCAUACCAAAGGUCAUAACGACGCAGCCAAAGGUGCUCAGGGAUUCGCUGGGCAAUAAGGAUCAGAAGCCGGUGCCCCGGAUGCGAAGUGCCCCCCCACCGCCGCCGCCUGCCGUUUUGCAAGUGCAAUCCUCUUCCGCCUCCUUGGAGCGAAAACCACCGGCACCUUCACGGCCCACAUGAUGUUACCUCUCGGACUUCCUCGCCGGAGUCAGGACGGUCAUGUGCAAGGCGAUCGUGAGCGAUGUGCCCGUAGCCUCAUCCCUUGGAGGAGAUGGAUCCCAACCCAGAUGCCGAUCCCCAUUCGGAAUGCAGGACCAACCGAGCUGUUUGGGCAAUCAAAGUGGCCUGCUCCAAGCAUAGUUUUAGUUUGAUAUAACCGAUAAAUAAGGUGUACGAGCGAUUUACGAGCGAAGAACUGAUCUAAAUUUUGGGUGACCUACGUAGUAGCAGUUCUCGAAAUGCCCCAAAAAAAUGAAAUCCUGUUUUGAAGCCUAAAUUAACUGCUGCUUACCUCAAAUAUAAGGAAGACCCAACAUAUAAUAUUAAUUGGUAGAAUUCGUAAGACCAACCUCUAUAUGGUUAGGAGUCCUUUGUGAUCUUCAGUUGUAAGUUUAUUGUACAUUUUUUCUCUUUGUGGUUUGGGCUUGAUGGGUUUCACCGAUAACUUUUUGUUUUUGUUUAAUAGCCUUAAAAAAUAUAUGUCCUGGAUCUAGCUAGAUCCUGUGGUUAAUAUGUUACUCCAUGCAUUUGACCAGUAACACUUGUAUAUACUAUAGCAAUUUUCCUGGCUAGCUGCUGAACAUUUUAUAAACCUAACGAAAAGCAUAAAGAAUAAAAAAACUUGAAUGAAG